AUGAAUUAUUUCUGUUAGCGUUGCGUCGGUAUUGGUUCCGUGCUUCCUCGAAUCGAAUAGGUGCGGCGAUUCCUCACCGCAUUGUUCGUUCCUGCGAUUUGUGGAGAUUCGUUGUACAGAAGGCAAAAAGAUAGGCAUCUCUAGACUAGUUGAUUGGGUUAAUCAUGACUUAUAUGAUGCUGUAAUCUAGCCACGUCUGUGUAGCCAGCACCAGCAAAGAUAAAGUAAAGUUGGCGUGGUGUGGUGUGGCUAGUAGUUGCCCACACCGUCUGUACCCAUCUUCAAGGCUCACGUUUCCUGUAACCUGCAGCCUGUUCUGUUCGGCGUCCCAUGCUGGCACCGAUGAUGCUCGUUGAUUUGUGCCUGUGAUCGCUAGCUUGCUGCUUAGCCUUGGUGCUGUUUGUUGCUUUGAUCCAGAGGCUGGGAACUCCAAAGAGGAACAGGGUCCAUGGAGGCUGGAGGCGCAGGAAAUGGUUUGAAUGGGGCGGUGCAGACAAAGGGGAGUGGGGGUGAUGGCUCUGCCAAGCCGCUGCCCCCUUGCUGUGUCAAGGCGAGAGCCGCCGCGCCCGAGUCUGAGGCCAAGUGCCAUGCUACUGUCGUUUCAGGAUGGUUCACUGAACCGCGAUCACGAUGUGGUAAAGCCAGCAAAGUUCAAUAUUACAAUAACCCGAUGUGGCCAGGAGAGGCCCAUUCUUUGAAGGUGGAGAAGAUCUUGUACCAGGGGAAAUCUCCAUACCAAGAAGUCCUAGUUUUUGAGUCGUCAACCUAUGGGAAAGUCCUUGUGCUUGAUGGUAUUGUUCAGUUGACUGACAAGGAUGAAUGUGCAUACCAGGAAAUGAUUACUCACCUACCACUCUGUUCAAUUCCAUCCCCUAAAAAAGUUUUGGUUAUUGGUGGUGGUGAUGGAGGUGUACUUCGAGAGAUAUCCAGACAUAGUUCAGUGGAGUCUAUUGACAUAUGUGAGAUUGAUCAGCUAGUUAUUGAUGUUUGCAAAGAUCUUUUCCCACACUUGUCUGUUGGAUUUGAAGAUCCUCGUGUUCAACUUCAUGUUGGUGAUGCUGUGGAAUUCUUGAGAAAUGCUCCUGAAGGGACAUAUGAUGCCAUCAUUGUUGAUUCAUCAGACCCAAUAGGGCCUGCUCAGGAACUUGUGGAGAAGCCUUUUUUUGAGACAAUUGCUAGAGCUUUGAGGCCUGGUGGCGUUCUUUGUAAUCAAGCUGAGAGUAUGUGGUUACAUACACAUUUGAUUCAGGAUAUGCUUUCAAUUUGUCGUGAAACUUUCAAGGGUUCUGUACGCUAUGCAUGGACUAGUGUCCCAACUUACCCGAGUGGGGUGAUUGGGUUUUUACUAUGUGCCAAAGAAGGUCCAUCGGUCAACUUUCUGACUCCUAUAAAUCCAAUUGAAAAGGUGGAAGGAGCUACAAAAGCUGGAAGGGAGAUCAGAUUUUAUAAUUCGGAGAUGCAUAGGGCAGCAUUUGUUCUUCCAGCCUUUGCAAAGAGAGAGCUAGAAGCAUAUUUUGCUUCCACUGAAACAAAUUUGUGCACCAUGUCACAGGAGCAGGCAGAGGAAACAGCGGCGACACGACUGAAGUUAACUCUUGCAUCGAAGAGUGAAAUUCUCACUGCGUCCUAGACCGGGACUCAGUGAGCUACCACAAGAUAUCAAGAAUCCAUUCCUUCCUGGCACCCUACCUCCAGUAUCGCCAUUGGAUAGUCUUGUAGUAUCACAUGUUAUAAGCAUCAGCAUUGAGGGUGUGGCAUCGCGAUUUGACGCAUUAUGAGGCAUCAUGUGUCAAUAAUUUAUUCACCAGACAGUGACAUGAGGUUGGCAUGCUAAGGAAAAGACGAGCUGACAGGAAUGUAUGAUAUGAGUGUGUGACGUGAUGAGCAUUCCACGUGCAUUUAACUUUUAGAAUUUUGGUGGUGUGUUGCGCCGGUAUGUGGUGGUCAUUUCUCACCCCCCCCAACAACUUUUUUAUAUACUA